CAUUGAUCGGUUGGACAUCGAGGGCUCAAGCACGACCACUGUGAAGAUGAAUUUCUUUGGCGCCCUUAUUGCGCUGGCCAUUUGUGCGCUAUGUGGAUUAACCCAAGCGGAUAUAUCACUCAAGUUGCAACAGCAACAGCAGCAGCAGCAGCAGCAGCAACAGGUGCAAGAACCACUGAUUGCCAAGGAGCAAUAUUACAAGACGGGCAGCAGUUUCCAGGAGAGCAACUACGGCAAUUCGGGCUACCAGAUCUUCGAGGUGCACAAUCACUUUGCCGGCGGCAAGGGACCCGCCUACCUGCCCCCCACCCAAGGUCAGAGUUCACAGGGUCACGAUGACAGCCUGGAUCUGUCCUUCCUGAACUUUGCCGAUGCUCCAGCUGCGAAUGUUGCUGCUCCAUCGGCUGCUCCGAUUUCCGUGCCCUUCCCAUCGAACUACCAGCACGAUUUCCAGCGAAAGGCUCCGGCUGCAUCUUCUGGUGGUUUCAGUGGCCCAGCCUACUUGCCACCCACCACUGCCACGCAGCAGCAGCAAGUGCAGCAGCAGCAACAAGUGCAACAGAUUCAAGAAGUUCAACAGCAGCAACAAGUGCAGCAAAUUCAGCAAGUUCAACAGCAGCAAGUUCAAGAGGUGCAGCAGCAAGUGCAAGUGCAACAAGUGCAGCAAAUUCAGCAGCAAGUUCAGCAGAUUCAGGAAGUGCAGCAACAGCAAGUGCAGCAACAACAGGUUGCUGUUCAGAAUCAGGAAUACCAAGCUCCCGGAUAUUUGCCACCUGGCUAUGACUUCGCCAAUCCCGACCAGUUGCCUUUGUCGCUGACACAGAAUGUUGCCAACUCGCAGAGUGUUGCAUCGGUGCAGAAUGUUGCCACUACAUCGAGUGUUGCUGCCGUGCAGCAGCAGCAAGUUGCUGGCGAGUACCGUGCUCCUGGUUACCUGCCACCUGGUUACGAUGAGCCACGUCCUCAAAUCCAAAGCCAAGUCACCUAUCAGCAACCUCAGCAGCAGCAACAACAGCAAUUGCAGCAGCAACCACAGCAGUUGCAGCAGCAACAACCCCUGCAGCAACAGCAACAACAAGUGUAUGUUGCACCCACCCAAGCAACUGUUGUUAAUUCCGGCGAACUUUCCCAGAAUGUUGCAUCGGUGCAAAGUGUUGCUACUGCACAGAGUGUUGCCACGGUGCAGCAAACUGCUGGCGAGUACCGUGCUCCUGGUUACUUGCCUCCUGGUUACGAUGAGCCACGUCAUCAAGUCGAAAGUCAGGUCGCCUACCAGCAACCUCAGCAGCAGCAACAGCAAGUGCUGCAGCAGCAACAACCACAGCAGCAACAGGUGUAUGUUGCACCCACGCAAGCAACUGUUGUCAAUCCCGGCGAACUUCCCGAUGGCUACGACUUCAUCAAACCUGAAAAUUCCGAGGCAGCAAUUGCCGAGUUGCACAGCCUGCAGACGCAAACCAAAUUGCUCAAGCAGCAACAGGAGCAGCAAUUGCUAUUGCAACAACAGCAGCAGCAGCAACAGCUGCACCAACAGCAGCAGCAACAGCAGCAGCAUCAUCACCAGCAUCAUCACCAGCAUCAUCAACAACAGCAACAUCAGCAACAACAGCAGCAACAGGUGGUUGUCCAGUCACAGUUGCAAGUUGCCCAACAACAGCAAUCUACCGACAUUGUGUAUGGUCGUCCCAAGUCGCAGCAGCAGCAACCUUUGGCUCCACAAACCUACCAGCAACACUUCACGGCUCCUGCUUAUCUGCCACCAGCAACUGCUGCUGCUCCCGUUCAUGUUGCGGCUCCUGCUCCCGCUCCGGUUCAUGUUGCAGCUCCCGCUCCAGUUCAUGUUGCUGCUCCCGUUCGCGUGGCAGCUCCUGCCCGUGCUCCCAUUCAUGUGGCACAACCCGCUGUUCAGCCUCAGUUGCAAGUUGCCCAACAGCAGCAAUCGGUUGCUACUCAAUCAACUGUGGCAACUUCCUCGGCUGUGAGCUACCAGCAACACUUUACUGCUCCUGCUUACUUGCCACCUGCAACUGCUCCUGCUCCCGCCCACGUUCAUGUUGCAGCUCCUGCUCCUGCUCCUGUGCGUGUUGCAGCUCCCCUUCCAGCACCUGUACGUGUUGCAGCUCCUGCCCCGGCGCCCGUUCGUGUUGCAGCUCCCGUUGCAGCUCCCCUUCCCGCCCCCGUUCGUGUUGCAGCUCCCCUUCCCGCCCCCGUUCGCGUGGCAGCUCCUGCCCGCACCCCAAUCCACGUGGCAGGACCCGCUCCCCUUGCCAUUUCCCUGCCGGCUCCCGCGCCCACUAAAGUGACCCACCUGCACUCGCUGCGCAGCUACAUGAACACCGUGCAGCCCUUCGCUCGCUACGCGCAACCCGUGCGGCAGCAGCAGCACCACCACAUCCACCACCAGGUGCAGCAGCAAGUGCAACAGGUGCAGCAGCAACAAGUUGUCGAGGUGGCGCCCAUGUACCGCGAGCAAUCGAAGAGGCCGCGUUUCUAUGCCCCAGCCUAUGCCACCAAUGCGGUGGUGCGUCAGCAGCAGCAGCAGCAGCAGCACCACCUGCACCACCACUACCACCACCGUGUGGUGCAGACGCCCCAGAAGCUGCAACCCGUUGUGGCAGCUCCCACUCUCAACCUGAAGGCGCAGCAAUCGCUGCAGAAAUUCAUGCCGAAGGACGUUCAGGUGGCGGUGAAUGUGGCGAUGGCUGCCACCGCACCAGUGGUUGCACCACCCGCACUGCGUGGCAGCUCGCGCGUGCGCACCGUUCAGAUUGUCAAGCCACAUGCCCCACCCAGAACGUUCAAGGUGUUGGAGCAACUCGAUCAGGCUGGCGUGAAAACCAUCAAGAUUCUGGGUGCCACAAAUGAGCAGCCGCAAGGACGCCACCAGGUGGUGCGUGUGGUGACCCAAAACGCGCACAGCGGUGCCGAGAGUCAUGUGCAGACGGUCAAGAUCUACGAUGAGGUGCAGCAACCGCUGCGCCUGCUGCCACAGAAUGUUGCCAGCAGCAAUGGCUACUUGCCACCAGCUCGUCCAAGAGCGCGAAUCGUGCGGCAGGCAUCGAAGCCACUGCGACUCCAUCGCGUUGCAAGUCUUUGAAUGGUGGAGUCACAAUUGGGGUCACCAAGGUCAAUUCCCAGCACUGAUUAGUUGUUAAUUUCAUCAAACUGUUUUCUAUUUUUUUUCUGCCCCUGUUUUUUCUGCCUCAUUUUGCAUGCAUUUCGCCGUCUCCACUGAAAAAAAAAUCCGAAUAGCAAUCGCAUUCGAAGUGAAAUCAUUUGCAUGCAGCAACACACACAACCGAUUCGAAUUUCUUACCUAAUAAAUGUAUACUUAUGUAAAAUAUGUGAA